GGUUUUGUGUACGCGAUUCAUCCAAGGGAUGGAAUUGCUAACACAAUUUUUGUUUAGGGAUUGACAAUCCAAAGUGGGAAGUCAAGGGAGUCAGUGUAGUGAUUGGAACCCCAAUUCUUCUUUCAUUCGAUUUCUAUGUUGUUCGCCCACAACUAUGUUCUUCAGCCUUCACAUCUUCACCCAGUAGUUCGAACUUCCAACACUUCCUCCUUCACAUCCAUAUGCAUCGACACUCUCCAUGGUAUUUUCUAGGAUCUAACCAUCAUGCCUCCCUCCCACCUUUAUUACAGACAGCCAGUUGCCACAAAAUGGGAUGCAUAAGUGCCAUUUGAUCAGAAUAUUAACGGGUGUGUGCUAUUCUUUUCAAUUUUUAUGUGGGUUUGGGUCAAUUUUUGUUUGUAUAUGAUGAUGCCUGGUCCUUCCUUUACUGGGUUUUUUUCUUGAAAAAUGGAUGCUCUGUUGCCUUUCUAUCCAUUUGAGGAAUCAGUUGUUUAGUCGUAUUCGCGUCAUAACCGUCCUAUAUAUAUCGGCGAAGUUAAAGAUCAGUUGGAAUUACAAAUUUCAAGAUGGAAAAUGGUGUUGGGUUUGAUGGAGGAGGCAAUUUGUCACAACAGUUAUCUGCCUUGACCAUUGACGAUAGUGUAAAUGGCUAUAGCAACAACACCAACAACAUUAAUGGCAUGAACAAGAGUGAUGGAUUGUUUCAGGUCAUGAAAGCGGUUGAAGCUGCUGAAGCCACCAUCAAACAACAGGUGGAAGAGAAUCAUAGAUUGAGGUCUGAGCUUCAAAAGAGGAUCCAGGAGCUUGAAAACUAUAAAUCAAGUCAUACAAAGGCUGAAAAUUGUCACCCGACUGAUCAUUGGAGUGAUCAUGGUUAUCUACCUCAGACAGAUAAUAGAGCUGUUUCUCCGUCGAUGAGUCCAACAGAAGGAAUUAAGACUGGAAAUGAAUCUGCUUUCUAUGAUUCAUCCAGAUCAGUCCUCAGAAAGGGUUUUACGGGGAAUGUUGUGGAUCCGGUUCAAGUUUCAAGGGGGAGUCAUUUGGAGACCCAAAACAUAAAUGGAGCAAUAAAUGAUGGAUCUGGUGUAAGGUGCAUUAGCCAUUUGGAGACCCAAGCGGCCACAGCAUCUUGUUCUCCUUUAAGGUAUCGAUCGGAAGGAGAAUAUGAUCCGCAGUUCAAUGUGUCUGGACAUGGACAAGGGAUGGUGGCAAUUUCUGAGCUAAAGAAUGCUGGUAGCCCCCUAAAGCAGGUUGUUGUUGACACCCGAGAUCAAGAGCAAGAGAUUUUGCUUUUGAGAAGGUAUCUUGUUGACUACUCAAUCAAGGAAGCCCAAAUACACAAUGAGAAGUUUGCAUUGGAGAAGCGAAUAGCUUAUAUGCGUUUGGCCUUCGAUCAGCAGCAGCAGGACCUCGUUGAUGCGGCAUCUAAAGCCCUCUCUUACAGACAAGACAUUAUUGAAGAAAAUAUACGCCUAACAUAUGCAUUACAGGAUGCACAAGAGGAAAGAUCAACAUUUGUGUCAUCUUUGAUGCCUCUUCUUGCCGAAUAUUCUCUUCAGCCACCAGUUGCUGAUGCUCAGUCCAUUGUUAGUAAUGUUAAGGUUCUUUUUAGACAUUUGCAAGAGAAGCUCAUAGGUAUUGAGACAAAGCUAAAAGAGUCUCAAUAUCAGCUAGCAGCUUGGCGUUCUGAUGUGAACCCCUCUAGUUUUGCACAAUCACCGUUGUAUUCCUUUGGGAACAAGAACGGGUUGGAAUUGGUUCCACAACAAGCAUACUCUGAUGGACAAGGGCCGAUUCCCUCAGACCAUCUGACUGCAAGAGGCUGGGAUGUACCAGGGCACUCAGAUGGUGUUGCAGAAAAUUCAGAGCCUGACUCGGUGAGGUAUUCACCUCUUAUAAACAGAAAGAAUCAUUCUCUUGCGACAAACUCACAGAUUGCUGGUGACCAGCCUAAUUUGAAUCCUACAAGUAAAAAUGAAGAAACUACCAACAAACAAGUUACAUUUAGUGACCCUGUUAGCAGUAACGAUGUUGAGGAUUUUGACGUGGAGGGACACCGUGAGGAAAAUGAGGGAGAACCAUUUGUCAAUUGGAAUCCCAAGAUCACAGCUUAUUCAAACACACUCGAAGAUCCCAACUCGUAUUCUCCAUAUUUAACUCCAGUCCUUGAAGAACCUAGUUCUUCUUUUUCUGAAGCUGCAGAUGAUGAUCCAUUACCUGUAGUGGAGGCACUCCAAAUUUCAGGUGAAGCUUUCCCAGGUCGAGAACUUCAAGCUAGCGGAUACUCUCUCAAUGGAACCACAAGUUGUAAUUUUGAGUGGGUACGGCACAUGGAAGAUGGGUCUGUUAGUUAUAUAGAAGGUAUUCCUCCUUAUGCUCUUAUGUCUUUUUUCUUGUCUUUCUUUAUCCAUUUUGGUGAGAGAAACUGUCAAGCAGGUGCAAAGCAACCAAAUUAUCUUGUUACUGCUGAUGAUGUUGAUACAUGCCUUGCCAUUGAAGUCCAACCCAUGGAUAAUAGAAAACGAAAGGGUGAACUUGUUACGGUUUUUGCCAACGAGCACAGAAAAAUUGUCUGUGAUCCAGAUAUGCAAGACCAUAUCAGAAGAGCUCUUCAGGCCGGUCAUGCCGAACAUAGGGUAUCCUUAUGGGCUGGAUAUCUUGACAUAUGGGAGCCAGUUACAUUGGUGAUUAAGAAGGAUGCAAUUAACACAAAGGGUAGUGGCCCUUCAGUGACUGACAAGUUUGAUCCAACCACAAGGGUAUUUGUUCCUUGUGGAAAUCCCAUAGAGUUUAGUUUUGUUAGUUCAUCAGGAAGUGUUGAGCGACGGUUUCGAGUGGAACAUGAAUCAGGUGGUGGUGGCAGUGGCAGUUCAAGGGAUGUAAUUGUUCUGACGAUGAGAUUUUUCAUCAAGCGGGUUGCGGAGAAAAAGAAGAUGAAAAAGAAGGGCUUAUUCUUUUGAUUCAUCAGAUACAUACAAAACAUACAUACAACAAAAGUGAUGGAUCAAAUGGGAAUGGGAAUGGGAAUGGGAAUGGUGAUUGAUGUUGGGAAGUAAUUAGUUGUAGAGAAAGAAAACUACGAACUCUGUUUUGUUUUGUUGUGUUGUGGUUUUGUUGUUUGUAGUAUUAUUCAAUUCCUUCAGUUGUAUGUUUUGGUUUUUGAAGAAUGUAUGUAUUCAUUUGAAUUGUAAUU